AUGAUGCUGCGGCUGGGCAUGGUGCGGACGGUGGUGCUGUCCUCGCCGGAGGCCGCACGCGAGGCUCUCAAGACCCACAACGUCGACUGCUCCGGACGGUCCCCCUCGGCAGGGCCACGGUUGCUGUCGUAUGGCUACAAGGACGUCAUCUUCUCCCCCUACAGCGACUAUGUCCAGGAGAUGCGCAAGCUUUUCAUCCUCGAGCUUCUCAGCAAGCGUCGCGUGCAGGCCGCUUGCUACGCUCGCGAUGCCCAGGUAGAAAAGCUGGUGAAUAACCUCACCAGUAUCAGGACAAAACCAGUGCCGGUUCCUGACUACAUCUCUGCUACGUUGGAUGGGAUCUUUGGCUCUUUUGUUUUUGGGGGAAACCGCGCUGCAGAGAAAUUCAAGGGGCAAAUGGUCCCUGUGAUGAACGAGGCCGUGGACAUGCUGAGCAGCUUCUCUGCCGAGGACUUCUUUGCCAACGCCACUGGCAGCCUCUUUGACCAUGUUACAGGCAUCAAGGCCCGCCGACACAGGAUCUUUAAGAAGCUCGAUGGAUUCUUCGAACAAGUCAUCGAGCAUUACGUGAAUGAAGACCCCACCAGGAAAAAACUUGAUGACAAUUGCGGAUCAGCACUUCUGGAAGAACUUAUCGACUUAUGGAAAAAGCACAAUAAGAUCACUAAGGAUCAUGUAAAGGCUAUCCUCAUGGACACUUUCGUUGCUGGCAAUGAUACUAGUGCAAUAACAAUAAACUGGGCAAUGGCAGAGCUAAGUCGGCACCCAAGGGUGCUCAAGAAGGUACAAGAAGAAAUCAGAACUGCAGUAGGGAAGAAAGAGAGGGUGCAAAACGAAGACAUGUCCAAGCUAUGCUACUUAAGAAUGGUUGUCAAGGAGACCCUACGGCUGCGUAUCCCGGCGGCUUUGCUGGUACCAAGGCAGACCUUACGGAAGAUUCAGAUUGCAGGAUACGACAUCCCAGCCAAGACAAGGGUUAUUGUAAAUGCAUGGGCUAUUGCUAGGGAUCCCAAUGUUUGGAAGGACCCGGAGGAGUUUUACCCUGAACGUUUUGAGGUCACGGAUAUAGACUUCAAUGGAGCACAUUUCGAGCUUUUGCCCUUUGGCUCGGGACGGCGCAUCUGCCCAGGAAUGGACAUGGGUGUGGCCAACGUAGAAUUCAUCCUGGCCAACAUGCUUUACUGCUUCAACUGGGAGCUUCCACCUGGAAUGAAUAUUGAGGAUCUAAGCAUGGAGGAGGAAGGGGCUCUGACCAUUCGAAAGAAGACGACACUGAUGUUGGUGCCGAGUGCCGACAAGGUACACUGCAUAUCAGUGAUCAAACCAAAUGGUUGGAAAUAUGACCGGUCACUUCUUCAUGUUUUGUUGGAUGUGUAA